AUGGGGAAGGUAAAUCAAAGAUCUGGUGAAGAAGUAUUGGGGAAGGAAACAGAGAAAUCGAGUGGAAUAAACCAAAUAAACCCUAGGGCGAAACUAUCUAGGGGGAUUGCUCCAUCGACGAAUCUCAUUGAUGGCGAAGCUAUGAAGACACUCAGUGACCUUCUGGGUGUUCCUACA